CGGCUUCAGACCAAGAGGACAUGCUCCCUGUGCUACCUUGUACUGAAACGCCUGGCAGGUUCUUGCCAUUUAAAGACUAAAACUCUGAAAGCUCCUGGUUUCACAGACAACGGUCAGGAGGCUCUAUUGACUGUCCAGUUGGAAUGUUCUUGCUCUGUGGAUACAGUGUUGAGAAGAGCCACAGAGAUUCUCAAAGAAAGCCCCAUGUCGAUGAGGGGUUUCAAUGUAGAAUGGUGGGUCCACGAAGCCUUCACUAAAUAUGUGACAUUGGAGUGAACACAAAAAUGAAGAAAUGAGCCAUAUGGAUGGAGAUAAGUGGAAGAUGAUGAUUCUGCACACUCAGUUUUCUGAAGGCCUCCUGGAUUUGAAACCUUCUAAUCCUUCAUCCUCAUUAACCUCAAAAUGUCCCCAGAAAUUCUGAACUACAUCUCCCAGGGUAUCUGCCUCUUGAAUUUGGAAAUGACACAGUAUCCCCACCUGGCAAUACGCCCUGAUUUGAGAUUUGGAAGACACAAUUCAAUCCAGAAAUUGCUAAGCACUGUCCACUGGGGCAUUACAAUGGGAUUCCAGGAGAAUAACCACACGUAACCCACUAUUUCACCUCUGACUUCAUGAAAACACAUGUAUAUACAUGCUUGUGCAUGUGUGUGUGCACAGACACACCACACACACUGGGAGAAACAACUGAGUCAAAAGGCAAAACGUUUUUUUCCAUGAACAUUUUAGCUGACAUUCUAAGAUCAAAAUAAAGACAAAAACAAUGAGCAAGUUCAUUGCAGCUUUCCCCAAUGGCAGUUUUUCCCCCUCCACUCUUGGUUGCAGACAGCAUGGCUGCUUUACAGCCAUCAGAAGAAACACAGCUCAUGGUGAUUGUCAGCUAUCCUUCAACCUGUUCAAGCCAGAAGCCCAAAAACUGAGCAUGCUGGAUUCUCUUCUCCCUUCUGCCUCCCUCACUCCCUCAGUAAUCUCAGGUCUUAUGGCUUCAAAAACUAUCUGGGUGCUGCUGGAGUCCAGCUUUGUAUAUGCAGGCCAGACCUCCCCCUGACCUUCAGCUAUCCUAUAUCCUGCUGCCUUCACUUCAUCUCCUCUUAGCUGUCUAAAGGACAUCUCAAAUGUCACAUGUUCCAAAUCAAGCCACUGGCAUACAUUCAUCUCCUUCCACCUUCUCUCCUUCCCCAUCUUGGUUAAUGGCAACUCUAUUUUUCCAACUACUCAGACCAAAAAUUUGAACUCAUCUUGACUCUUCUCUUCCUCUCACAUUAGUCAUUAAUUCAUCAGCAAAUCCUAUAGGUUCUUCCUUAAAGUAUAUCCACAAGCUGACCCCUGUCACCACUGAUGCCACUUAGUGCCAGCCAAGAACCUCUUGGUUGGUCUCCCUGCUCCUGCUUUUUGCCCCCCCACUGAUUAGUCUCAACCCAGCAGCCAGAAUGAUCCAGUUAAAACCCAAGUCAGAUUGUGUCUCUCCUCUAAGGGCUCCUGUCUCACUCAGAGGAAAAGCCAAAGUUCCUUCAAUGCAACCAGGGGGUGUCCUGCAUGGUCCUCCUGUCCCCCGCCCCCUUGCCUCUCUUAUUCCACUUCCCAUCUGGCUCCACCCUGCUCUCUUUGCUUCAGCCAUGCUGGCCUUUUGCUGUUCCUCAGACAUGCCAGCAUAAUCUUGCCUUGGAACCUUCACAUUUAUCUUGCUGUCUGCCCCGAACACUCAACCUCAGAUAGCUGUGCAGCCCUCUCCUUUACACAAAUGGUAACUCUUCCAUGAAACCUUUCUCCACCACUCAAUGUCCAUUUCCAAGCCCAGCCCAUGCUCUCCAGCCCCAUCCCUGCUCUGCUUUUUUGCCUUCAUCCUCAUCACCAUCCGACCCAGUGGAUAGUUUUAAUUGUAUCUCUCACUAGAAUGCAAGCUCCAUGAGACACACAUUUUUGUCUGUGUUAUUCAUUGCUCUACUUCCAGUUCCCAGAACAAUUUUGGCACAUAGCCGUGUGUUCAUUAAUUAUGUGUUGGUUAAAUGAAGGAAGCUUUAUGAUGGAAAGAGCAUGCCACUCCUCUUCCAGCGUCCCCCUCGGUGGCCAGGGUAGAGCAGGCAUUCAGCUGCUCUUGUGGGAGAAGAAGGGACUUGCAAGAUCAUCUCCCUUAGCUCCCUCAUUUUCAGGAGGACAGGGACAGUGGUCCCCAGGAAGAGAAGGAGAGUCCAAGCUAAUUUGGCUGAUCCCCCGUGGGAGGCUGAGGUUGCAAACAGACAGCUGCAGCUCCUUGCAUCUAUGCCACACACACAGCCUUUCUGAAUCAGAGGGUAUUAUUCUUUCCUUCUGAACUCUUGGGAUAUUCCUGUUUUGAUUUGGCUCUAGCAGUGACGACGCCGAGUUGUGCAAAGCCUGGGAACAGUGAGGGCAUUAGGACCAGGAGUGAGGCGCACGCUUGGCUCUGGGUUGUGUCUGGCAGAGGGCUCUCGGCUGAGUGGAGCUAUGUGUGAAAGGAAACCAGGCACUGCCUGCCGGCUUUACAUCUGUUGAUCUGACCUGACUGGAAGCGUCCAAAGAGGGACGGCUGUCAGCCCUGCUUGACUGAGAACCCACCAGCUGAUCCCAGAUACCUCAUAGCAACCUAUUUAUGCAAAGGGGGAAAGAAACACCUGAGCAGAAUGGAAUCAUUAUUUUUCUCCCAAGGAGAAAACCGGGGUAAAGGGAGGGAAGCAAUUCAAUUUGAAGUCCCUGUGAAUGGGCUUUCAGAAGGCAAUUAAAGAAAUCCAUUCAGAGAGGACUUGGGGUGAAACUUGGGUCCUGUGGUUUUCUGAUUGUAAGUGGAAGCAGGUCUUACACACGCUGUUGGCAAAUGUCAGGAGCAGGUUAAGUGACUGGCAGAAAAACUUCCAGGUGGAACGAGCAACCCAGGUUCUGCUGCAAGCUUGAAGGAGCCUGGAGCGGGAGAAAGAGAACUUGAACAUGACCUGUUGCAUUUGGAAAGUUCCAGCAACAUGCUCCUAAGGAAGCGAUACAGGCAGAGACCAUGCAGACUCCAAUUCCUCCUGCUGCUACUGAUGCUGGGAUGUGUCCUGAUGAUGGUGGUGAUGUUGCACCCUCCCCCGCACACCCUGCACCAGACUGUCACAGCCCAAGCCAGCAAGCACAGCCCUGAAGCCAGGUACCGCUUGGACUUUGGGGAAUCCCAGGAUUGGGUACUGGAGGCUGAGGAUGAGGGCGAAGAGUACAGCCCUCUGGAGGGCCUGCCACCCUUUAUCUCACUGCGGGAGGAUCAGCUGCUGGUGGCCGUGGCCUUACCCCGGGCCGUAAGGAACCAGAGCCGGGGCAGGAGAGGUGGCAGCUACCGCCUCAUCAAGCAGCCAAACAGGAGGCAGGAUGAGGAAGCCCCAAAGAGGUACUGGGGGGCGGACGAGGAGGACGGGGAGGUGUCUGAAGAAGAGGAGCUGACCCCAUUCGGCCUGGAUCCACGUGGCCUCCAGGAGGCACUCAGUGCCCGCAUCCCCGUCCAGAGGGCUCUGCCCGAGGUGCGGCACCCGCUGUGUCUGCAGCAGCACCCUCAGGACAGCCUGCCCACAGCCAGCAUCAUCCUCUGUUUCCAUGAUGAAGCCUGGUCCACCCUCCUGAGGACUGUACACAGCAUCCUCGACACAGUGCCCAGGGCCUUCCUGAAGGAGAUCAUCCUGGUGGACGACCUCAGCCAGCAAGGACAACUCAAGUCUGCUCUCAGCGAAUAUGUGGCCAGGCUGGAGGGAGUGAAGUUACUCAGGAGCAACAAGAGGCUGGGUGCCAUCAGGGCCCGGAUGCUGGGGGCCACCAGGGCCACCGGGGAUGUGCUGGUCUUCAUGGAUGCCCACUGCGAGUGCCACCCAGGCUGGCUGGAGCCCCUCCUCAGCAGAAUAGCUGGCGACAGGAGCCGAGUGGUAUCUCCGGUGAUAGAUGUGAUUGACUGGAAGACUUUCCAGUAUUACCCCUCAAAGGACCUGCAGCGUGGGGUGUUGGACUGGAAGCUGGAUUUCCAUUGGGAACCUUUGCCAGAGCAUGUGAAGAUGGCCCUGCAGUCCCCCAUAAGCCCCAUCAGGAGCCCUGUGGUGCCCGGAGAGGUGGUGGCCAUGGACAGACAUUACUUCCAAAACGCCGGAGGGUAUGACCCUCUUAUGUCGCUGCGAGGUGGUGAAAACCUCGAACUGUCUUUCAAGGCCUGGCUCUGUGGUGGCUCCGUCGAAAUCCUUCCCUGCUCUCGGGUAGGGCACAUCUACCAAAAUCAGGAUGCCCACUCCCCCCUCGACCAGGAGGCCACCCUGAGGAACAAGGUUCGCAUUGCUGAGACCUGGCUGGGGUCAUUCAAAGAAACCUUCUACAGGCAUAGCCCAGAGGCCUUCUCCUUGAGCAAGGCUGAGAAUCCAGACUGCACGGAACGCUUGCAGCUGCAAAGGAGACUGGGUUGUCGGACAUUCCACUGGUUUCUGGCUAAUGUCUACCCUGAGCUGUACCCAUCUGAACCCAGGCCCAGGUUCUCUGGAAAGCUCCACAACACUGGACUUGGGCUCUGUGCAGACUGCCAGGCAGAAGGGGACAUCCUGGGCUGUCCCAUGAUGUUGGCUCCUUGCAGUGACAGCCGGCAGCAACAGUACCUGCAGCACACCAGCAGGAAGGAGAUUCACUUUGGCAGCCCACAGCACCUGUGCUUUGCUGUCAGGCAGGAGCAGGUGAUUCUUCAGAACUGCACGGAGGAAGGCCUGCCCAUCCACCAGCAGCACUGGGACUUCCAGGAGAAUGGGAUGAUUGUCCACAUUCUUUCUGGGAAAUGCAUGGAAGCUGUGGUGCAAGAAAACAAUAAAGAUUUGUACCUGCGUCCAUGUGAUGGAAAAGCCUGCCAGCAGUGGCGAUUUGACCAGGUCAAUGCUGUGGAUGAACGAUGAAUGUCAAUGUCAGAAGGAAAAGAGAAUUUUGGCCAUCACAGUUCAGCUCCAAGUGAACUUAAAGAGCUUAUAUAUUUCAUGAAGCUGAUCCUUUUGUGUGUGUGCUUCUGGUGUUAGGAGAGAAAAAAGCUCCAUGAAAGAAUAUAGGAAGUUUCUCCUUUUCACACCUUAUUUCAUUGACUGCUGGCUGCUUUAAAAAAAAAAAAGGGAUCCAUUGUACCGUUGUCUUCAUCACUGGGAAAUGAUUAUUACAUAGUACAGAAGAUUAUUUGUUUUUCUCCGCUGAGCACUUAACAAUUGCUUUCUCUCUGGCCUGGACAUUCUCUGGCAGCACCUCCAGGAUACAUAAAUCCAAUGGAUCAAUUUAUUUGUCUUCAAAUGGCCUUAACUUGGAUUGUCUGUUUGGCCAACCAUGAAAAUUAAAGGGUGAAGCAGAUGUAAUGACCUGACAUUCCAAAAACUCUGAAUUGGGUUUAUUAGCACAAACGCUGUGUUCAUUUGUUAAGCCAUAUCUCAGAAGAAGGAAAGGAAGCUACAGAGAGGAGGUUUAGGAUUGGAGAGAAGUUGCAAGCGCACUUUGGCCCAAUUCUCCAGCUCAACCCAGCAGCUGAAAAGCAUCAAGAGACUUGGGAAAAGACAUUUUCAUGGUUUGCACUGACUGGAGCAGAAACAGCAACCUUUCAAAAAAGCAAGCCUUUUUCCUGGGAGGAAAAUGCCAGAGCCUGAGCCAAAAUUCUUAUGACAGGUAACAUUUGGGUGUCAACGUCCAUGAGAGCUGACAGGGCCAUCUCUGAGCACUUAUAACUGUCUGGAACCCCCAAAUGUGUCCACAGGUUGAAUGUCCAUGAGUGUGGGGAACACAGCUCAUCUGGAGCACAUCUGAGGCUAGUAAGAACUAAAUGACUUUCCUUGCUAUGACUUGGCUUACCUAGUUCAGCCGUAAGAGUUGCUGAAUGGGAUGGGUUCUGCUAUUUAAUAAACACCAUUCAUAUUCAUUUUUCCCCAGAUGGAGUUACCUACCUUUCCACAUGAUCAGCUUAGAAAUCUUCCCCUAAAGAUGCUAAUCUCCUUUGGGCUAUCUCAGAACACAGUAUCCUUCAAAUAAGAAAAACUGAGUGGCAAGUGCAGUGUUUCCAAACAAUACCUAUCAUAACUAUGUAUUCAUUGUCUACCUGCUAAGUCAAGGGUUCACUGCAUUUCUCCUUCCUCAGAAUACAUUCUGGACCUUCGCCGUCUAAUAUGGUAGCCACUAACCAAAUGUGGCCAUUUUAAUGUAAAUCCGUUAAAAUCAAAGAAAAUUUAAAACUCAGUUCCUCAGUUUGACUGGCCACACUUUUUUUAAUGCUUAUAUAUAUAUUUUUUAUUAUUAUACUUUAAGUUUUAGGGUACAUGUGCACAAUGUGCAGGUUUGUUACAUGUGUAUACAUGUGCUAUGUUGGUGUGCUGCACCCAUUAAGUUCUAAUUUAGCAUUAGGUAUAUCUCUUAAUGCUGCCCCUCCCCCCUCCCCCCACCCCACAACAGUCCCCGGAGUGUGAUGUUCCCCUUCCUGUGUCCAUGUGUUCUCAUUGUUCAAUUCCCACCUAUGAGUGAGAACAUGCGGUGUUUGGUUUUUUGUCCUUGCAAUAGUUUGCUGAGAAUGAUGGUUUCCAGCUUCAUCCAUGUCCCUUCAAAGGACAUGAACUCAUCAUUUUUUAUGGCUGCAUAGUAUUCCAUGGUGUAUAGGUGCCACAUUUUCUUAAUCCAGUCUAUCGUUUUUGGACAUUUAGGUUGGUUCCAAGUCUUCGCUAUUGUGAAUAGUGCCACAAUAAACAUACGUGUGCAUGUGUCUUUAU